GGUGACAGACGACGUUUUGACGAUGGCGCGUCCCAGUACGGCUCAACUUCUAAAAAAUAAUGUUAUUGGACAGUUCCAAGAAUGGAGUAUAAAAACGGUAAUAAAUUUGCAGACACCUGGGGAACACAGUAGUUGCGGGGGACCAUUGGGACCCAGUGGAUUUACCUAUGAUCCUUCAGAAUUUAUGAAACACGGAAUCUAUUAUUACAAUUUUGCAUGGAAGGACUACGACGAGGCAACGAUGAGUAAAUUACUGGAUAUGGUAAAAGUUGUGGCAUUUGGAGUGCAGGAAGGUAGAGUGGCAAUUCACUGUCAUGCAGGUCUCGGUAGAACAGGUGUUCUCACCGCGUGCUAUCUUAUCUAUAGUCUACGGGUUCGUGCUAGCGAUGUCAUUCGAUUUGUUCGCAUAAAACGUCCCGGUGCUAUUCAAACACGUGGACAAAUUAAAUGUAUCCAGGACUUCGAGCACUUUAUUCUUCCACAAAUGAUUGUGUAUCCUGGGCGGAUUGGUAGCCUAGGUGGUAGACUGAAUAGUUUGCAGACUUACUUGAAGAAACAGGCUAAUGCCCUGCAUGGAUACGAGCAACGCACAUUCAAACACAUACCCAAAAUAGUCUUCGUCAUUUGCGAGAGGAUUCUACAACUUUGUGAUUGUCAGGAGGACAAUUCACCAGCGGAAAUUGAAUUCAGAAUUGCUGAGACACCUUUUACCAAUAAAUUCAUAUCGAAUGCUUUGGAGAGCCUGCAGGGGAGGGAGAAUGAUAUAAGACAUUCGUUAUCAUGGGCUGAAUGCCUUUCUGAAGCUUCAUUUUACUCCAGCACUUCGAAGAUUGCGGAUGACAGUUUGUCCUCUCGUGAUACUGUUGAGGACAUUAAAAGGCUUGAUGAUGUUUUCUGCCCAUCGCCGGACUCACCCUCAUGUUCACCAAGUUAUCCAAUACUUGAUGAUAAUUACGUGGAUGAGGUACUUGGGGAUGGUAUUCGAGGACAAGAACUCUGCGAGAACGACUGCUACAAGGAAAUUCAAUCACAGAUGGACUUAAAAUUUGCCGCGGAGAAAGAAAAAUUCGAUUAUAUCGAUAUUGAGGAGGUGAUAGCCGCAAUUAUCUGUGAUCAUAAUGAAUUGGUCGAUCAGAAAAAAAAAUUUAUUCACAAAUAUAAAGUGGAUUUGAACAACAGAACUUCCACAUGGCAGCAUCUAGAAUUAGAAACUGAUCUCGAAGUUCUCACUGGACUUUUAUUCGAAUGGUUGGAGACCCUGAAGAGGCCUGUCUUAGAUGUCGACAGUUUAAGUCAAAUUGUAAUACGUGGUUCAAGGCCGAAGCAGUGCCUUCAGAAGUUGGAGCCGUGGAAUCGAUAUAUGCUGGAGUAUCUUUUACGUUUUGUAUCACGGUUGAGACCCAUGACGAUGGACACGCAGAGGCUGAUUGUAAGGAGAAUCCUCGCCUCAAUCACUCAGCAGAGAGUGCGAAUCAAACAGUUGUUGAUGCCUGCAGGGAAAAACUUCCAGAUAUUGCGAGGAGGAACUGCUGGAAAACUCAUGGAUUUUUCGAUGGCAUUUUUGAAUUUAAUAGAAGAGAUUAAUACUCAGGAGUAUAGUCAUAGAUCCUGGUCGAUUUCUUCCAGGUGGUCAAUCGCUAGUAGCCGACUCCAAAAUAUUAAAGACGAAAAUAUUAACUCCCCGAAUAAAUGUGAAUAAUUAAUU